GUCCCCGUUUCAGAGAAGAAAAACAACUGGCGUAUAAAUAGGGGGGCUGCAGGGGAGAGGAAUGUUUUUGAGGAGUUGUGUGGGAGAGAUCAGGACUGAGGAUCUGACUGUUCAACGCAGAGCACGACCAGAGAGUGCGGAGGCCAUGUGGAAGGGGCUGGUCCUGGCCCUGUCCCUCUGCCUGCUCCCCGGGAGCGGCGGAGAGACAGGCAGCUCAGGGGGCAGCCGCUGCAAGCCGGCGCCUCGCUGGACGGUCGGGGAGCUGGAGCCCAUGAAGGAGUCCAUGGGCCGGGUGACCGUGGUGGCGCUCUUUCAAGCCAGCUGAUCUUUCUGCCUGGUGCAGGCGUCCAAAUUGGACGGGCUGCGCCUGAAGCUGGAGGGGCAGGGCCUGAGAAACAUCUCCUACAUGGUGGUGAAUGACAAGGCCGAGCACGCACGCAGGCUGCAUAGCAAGCUGGCGGAGCAGCUACCCAAACACAUCCCCCUCUAUGGGCAAAGCCCAUAUGAGCGGCAGGACAUUUGGCAGCUCUUAAAUGGGGAGAAGGAUGACUUCUUGAUCUAUGACAGAUGUGGACUUCUUACACAUCACAUAUCUCUUCCAUAUUCUAUACUGUCAACACCAUAUAUUGAGAACGCCAUAAAACAGACAUACUGCAAUUCGACCUGUGAAAAAUGUUCUCUGGAGAGUGAAGCAACACUAGAGGAAUGUGACCCUAGUUACAACAACAGCGUAACCAACAAUGAUGACGGUCCUGCCGUAGACCACAGCAGCCAUGGCCAUGGCCAUCACGGUCACGGUCACAACCACGGCGCUGACCACGGGCACCAUCACGGGCACGGUCACGCUCACGGCGCUGACCACGGGCACGACCACUCUCGCGGCCACGACCACGGUCAACAGCAGCAGCAGCAGGUCUAUCGGCCGCAGCAGGAGCAGGCACAUGCGCAGGCGCACCAUCACGACGCCAUGGGCCAGCGGCGGCAGCAGCACGUGCACCAGCUCAUCCAGCAGCGGGUGCAGCAGCAGCACCAUCAGCACCAUCAGCACCAGGCGCAGGCGCAGGUCCCCAUGGAUCUGGGCCUGGAGCUGGGCUUGGGUCAGGCUCAGGUCCGGCACGUUAGGGAGGUCAGGCAGGACGAGCAGCAGCAGCAGCAGCAGCCGUGAGCGCAGAAGAAGCCCCGCUGAAAGUCCAAGCACAGCUGAGAGUGGUCCAACGCUCUGCAGGACCCGUCCAGCUGAUGCUGACACUGACGGCAGCUGCUGGACGCCGGCAGCGGCGAGGGCCGCUGACACUGUGACG